AUGGAACGGUGGAGUAAAUGGACGGACUGGUCUAGCUGCAGUGUAUCGUGUUCCGCAGGAAUACAACAGCGAGUUCGUCAUUGUCUACUUAGUGAUUGUCCAGGAUUUAAUGUAGAACAGAGACAUUGUAAUCUAUUUGGAUGUAUCGAUGCGGUCAAUCCAUUAAGUUUAGAGGAUGGAAAGUUUUUCCAUCCUUCGAGGGAUCGCUGGCAAAAAGUUCCGGAUAGACCGACAGCCUGGCGCCUAAAACCAAACUCGUAUAUUUGGCUGCCCUCCUCUCAAUUGUUUCCUGAUUUAAACGGUCGAGCGUUUCCAAAGGAAUUUACCCUUUUUAUUACGCUACGGCUUCAAAAUGAUAGCAAUAUGGGCACAAUAUUUAGCUUACGAUCUCGAAGGAAGCAAGACACUUAUUUAUCCCUCGAAAUAGCGGGAUUCGACUUGAAAUUAGUGCACGCUACGUCUAACGGAACCGACGUCGUUCGCAUACCAACUACCUUAGAUGAUAAAAAGUGGCAUCAGAUUGCCAUUGGCAUACGGGACGACAGUGUUGUCGAAAGUUACAUUGAUUGUCAGUGGUCUAGAACAGACAUAAUAAAGCAAGAUUCAAUAGACAUUCCAGAAGACUCCGACUUGAUAAUAGGAUACCUAUUUUCCGGCGACUUAGAACAGAUGUCGAUAGUAUCAGAUCCCUCCAUGGUGAGCUUGCAAUGUUCGAACCUUAAAACUCCAAUUAUUGAUCCAACUGUGAAAGACAACGUGAAAGAAGAAAAUGUUAUAAAAUCUGUACGUGAACACAAAAAACUUCCAAUUGUCCAUCACAAACGAAAAAUUCUAUAAAGCGCUUAAUACAAUCUGUAACUAAUAUAAAUCAAAUAAGUGUUCUAAAACCUCUACUGCUCUAAAUGCUUUACAAAUCAUGCGCAAUUGUAAAUGUAUUAAAUUUAUGAUUACAUAAAAAAACUAUUGGAAAUGUUCAGUAUUAUAUAGGGGCUAUUAAAAUGUGUUAGUGAGUAAACAUGCUAUUACAGGAAAUGAAAUAUACGUAACGCAGUAAAUCGCGCAAGACUUAAUAAUUUGAUAUAAAACUUUGUAAAAAUGUGCUAUAAUUGGUGUACUUUCUAGUCCAAUUGUAUGUUGAAGAGCUAGAGAAUUCUUUAAUAUGAGAUGUUGUAAUUUUUGAUUGUACUAUUAUUUCAGCUCAAAAUCAAAUAUAUGUAAAUAUACACGAACCAACAAUGAGUUUUAACAGACAAACGGUAAUGCAUGGGACUCUAGAAAUUCUAUUGGUCCCAUCGAAAUUCAAGCAACGUUAUAUCAAUCAAAUUACAUUAUAUUAUGAAAUUUGUUAUUCUAUUUAGUACCUGCAGGACAAUAGACACUUGUUAAAACUCUACACAUGAUCUACAAAUUUAUAAAAAGAAACUAUAUAGGUACAAUGAUAGACACAGUACAGCUUAGUUUGAUUAGAUGCCGGAAGACAAUAAGAUUCUAAGGAAUGUAAUUUAUUAAAUAAAAUUUCCUUAUUACUGAUAUAAUAUUAUUUAAGGCUAAUAGAAUAAAUAAUUUUUGUAUAGUUUAUAUGUAAUACUUGCCAUUACUGUAUGCAAUAAUACAUAAUUAAAGUAUUUUUAAUUUA